UCGAAGGACGGCUAUUCAUGAGUCAAACCAUAAUCCCAAUUCUCAAGGUGUCUUUGAUGCGACCCCUUCGAAACUGGUCAAUUAGGUGCUGAAUUUAAGCACGAGGCAAUUGAUGGGACACUGCAGAACCCCCCUGCUUGCAUUGUUGCCUUCUGGAGUGUUCACAACGCAACAGGCUUCAUCCAGCUCGUACCUGGAGAGAAAAGGACUUUUCAACUCGUCUAAUCAGCGUUUACCUACGCCCCGUCCGAGGAACAUCUCGAACCAGGCAUUCUACUCAUCGAGGCUGGUGUACAAUCAUCGAGGCUGAAUGCCUCAAGCUGCUAUCUUACAAAGUUUUGAUUCGGAAUUGCAUCAACAAUGAGUUUUGGAUUCAGUGUUGGCGAUUUCCUCGCCGCUAUACACACUAUUAAGCGUCUUGCCGAGGAAGUACAGAGUUACAAAAAUGCACCCGAACAUUUUCAGCAGCUCAGUGCGCAACUCAGACUCUUCCAUAAUACGCUUCAAUGCGUGCUUGAUAUCCAAACGACAGACCCCAAAGAGCUUGCAAGCCUUGAUCAGAUUCGGAUGAUUGCCAUGCACUGUCGUCAGCCUUUACAAGCGUUUGUCGACAAGAUGAGGCCCAAAGAGACUAGUUUGGGCCAUUUUCGGAGUGCUGGGACUGCUAGUACCAUUGGAAGGAGACUUCAUUGGAGUAUGAUUGCGAAGAAAGACGUCGAGGAUUUGCGGAAGGUGAUUAUGUCGGAGAUGGUUGCCAUCAAUGUUCUGUUGGGCGUGCAACAGCUGGCUUACUUGAGAAUCCUGUGGAAAGAGAGCUCCACAUUCCAAGAUGAUGCCAGGGAGUAUUUCCUUAACUCUAAAGCUUUUCUCACGAAGUCGGUCGAAAUUCUCAAUAAUGUCAAGACACUACCACAAGAGAUACACACUCUACAAGGGCUCACAGUCGAUAAUGCCUCAAAACAAGAUGUAUUACAUGGAAAGAUUUUAGAUGGUGUCAGCGGAAUUCUGUCGCAGAAUGCGCAUAAUUUUGGAAAUCAGGCUGCAAAAACGAUGAUUGCGAUGGCAUCUCUGGCAGCAAACAUAAAAAAACUCUUCAGAUUACUUGCAACCUUCUCGAAAGAAAUCCUUCGUGAAAUUGCCGCAAACACAAAGAUGCUCUUGGACAUGCACGCGAAUAUAAAACGCAUACUUCGCGCCAUCGAGGCGAUCCCUCUCCAUCUCACUCUAGAUAUCGUAAGAUUUGAUGACGCGCUGGGUGAGAGCUGGGCAUUGCCGUAUCAAGCCUGUAAACAAUACCGUACAUUCGAAGAAAUGUUGCACACUGUGGUCUUCGGAAAUCACCGCCCAGGAUCCGCCCGGGUUGCAUCACAACAAUUCAUAAUUACAUCCGCGAAAGACAAUUCGGAGUUAUUUCCAGGUUCCUGGAAAGAUGCUAUCAAACCAGGGGCACAUAUAUUGCAGUCAAUGAUAGUCUCGUCAGAACAAUCAACGGGAGGGCUGUGUCAGUUCCCAUCGUGUAAUGAGCGUUUGACCGCUUUACCUGUUUCGGAGCGAGGGUACAAUUGUCCAAAAUGUGGCCGGUGGUCUAUCUUACGCAACCAGAGCAACCUUUUGCAGCUCGUAACAUCCGGGGAAGCAAAAUAUUCUCCUGCCGGGCCAAACCAGACCAGGGGCCCGCUCCAUGUCGAAGGCCCCUUACCAGCUGUACAAACUUUUGAUGACGAUAUCAAUUGUUUUCGAAGGAUCCAUACGAUCAAUAGCAUCAAUCCCGUCAAGAAUCUUGGAGAAGCCUAUGCGCUUCUCAAAGAAGAUCCAGAGAACGCAAUAGCCCUUCAAUUCAUUGCUUGGUUCGAUUACCCUCAUAGGAACAACAUCCAAGAGGAGCCGCGCAAGGUUCAGAUUUUAGAAUCUAUUAUUGACUUACUCAAAAGAUCCAUAAUUUCCGCUCCUCAUGACAGCCAGACUUGGUAUCUACUUGGGAGAGCCUACAUGGAUAUUCAACAAUAUCCAAAAGCCCAUGACAGCUAUCAGCAGGCUGUCUUUCUCGCGUACAAGUUCCCAGGCUAUUGGAAUUCGAUCGGAUUGCUAUAUUUCGCAGUCGACCAAUACCGUGAUAGUCUAGAUGUUUUAACACGAAGUAUAAGGCUAAAUCCUUACAUUUCGGAACCUUGGUACAAUCUCGGCGUUUUGUAUGAGACGGUCGCCCAAUACCUCGACGCUGCUGACGCCUAUCUACGUUAUCUCGAAAUUGAGCAGAACUCCGAUCCAGCUGUCAGCUCUCGCCUGAACUACCUACGACAGAUAGUCGCAGACAAGGCAGUUUCUCAGGAGGUACCAUUACCUAUGAAAGACAUUGACCUACGAGGAAAUCUAAACCAGCCACAGAAGGUGGAACAUGAAGAAGACAUUCAAAUUCCAGGGUUGAAUAUGAACGAUUCGCUCGAUAGUGAAGAAGACUGGGUUGACACGGAUUCCGAUGAAGACAGAGAAUAUUCUCACAGCGACGAAGAGGUCAGAAUUUGAAAUCACGUGUCAUAGCUGGCACUGGGAUGAAUCGGAGAUGGACUGUCAACAUUCAAUUUUGUACAAUUUCAAAGAAAACGGAAUGAAAUAAAUAUCUUUGGUCUCAACGAAAUACUCCUCUCGGGCCAUACUCAUCUUCUAUUAACAUUCAGCAGCCUCGAAAGGAGAUGUUCAAGCGAGCGUAAAUCAUACCCCCCACAACAGCAAUAUGAGACGCAUUGCCUUCCCGCUCGUCCUUCCCGGACACCGCAAAGCACAAUGAAUGAUUUCACACCCAGAGGUCACGCUUAAUUGUAACUCGUGCCGACCGGUACCCUUAGCUAGAAUGUGGACUCAUACCUACC